AUGGGAAUGAGGUAUGUGUUAAGGGUUUUUGUGUCGGCGAAGCACAUGACGGCGAAAGUGGUGGAAGGGAACAACGGGAGGGAGGUGGCGAGUGCGUCGAGCGUGGAGCACGCACUGAGAAGCGCGUUCCAAUGGGGGAAGGGCUGUGACGCGAGGUCGGCGGCGUCCGUCGGGGAGGUGUUGGCGAUGCGGCUGAAAACGGAGGCUCCGGAGGUAGGAGUGGGAGGUGGGGUCCACUUUAACGUUGAGAAGGAGAUUGAUAAGAAGAGUGUGGACAACGGAGAUAAGGUGUGGACCGUGGUUAACGCUUUGAGGAACAGAGGCGUCAAGGUUUUCGUCACCGACGAUCGCAGUUAA